CCUUGACUUUCCACUCGAUCGUCUGCAAAGGGAAAGGGAGGGAGGUACUGAGCUCGGUUUCGGCCGCCUUCCAUGCACCUUCCCCGUUGUUCCCCUGCCCGAGGUUUCCUAUAAAUUGUCGAGGAUAUGGCACGACCAGCCGAUCCAUUCGCACUCACAACACAAGCUCGACAACGAGAAGCCAGAAGAAAAGUUGGUGCACGACGUACUGUCCAGUCCAGUUAUAGGGACUGCCAAGUUCGAUCGAGGUAGCAGAGGCGGAGAGACCCUUGCCAUGGCGCUGGCCACCCCAACAGCGGUGGUGCUGGAGCUGAUGACGAUGGGGCAGCAGUCCGCGGCGCACCUCGGGGACCUUCUCCGGGCGGCCUCCCCGCCGGUGCGGGCGGAGCACCAGGCGCUCGCCGCGGAGAUCCUCCGCUGCUGCGACCGGGUGAUCGCCGCGGUGAGCGCCGGCGCCGCCGGUAAAAAGAGGAAGGCGAUGGACCCAGGCAGCCAUCCUCACGCUCACGCGGCCGCGAUGCCGUGCAAACGAAGGGUGCGUGGCGCGGAGGCGCACAGGGAGGUCCAUGCCGGCACGACGGCGGACGGGUUCGCGUGGAGGAAGUACGGGCAAAAGGACAUCAACGGAAGCAACCACCCGAGGCUCUACUACCGCUGCGCGUUCAGAGGCGAGGGGUGCGCCGCGACCCGUCGGGUGCAGCGGGCGCAGGAGGAGCCCGCGGCGUUCGUGAUCGCCUACUACGGCGAGCACACCUGCGGAGCCGCCGUCUGUCGGCAAAGCGCGGAGCCACUGCCUCCUAGUGUCGUCGACUCCGGCUCAAACGCUCGUGGAAUCGUCGGUGCCACUGCCAUCGACCAGAACAGGGGCUCGCCUCUGCUGCCGGCGGGCGACCAGCACGGCGCACAGCGUCACGGCCAGGCGCCCUGUGACACGUCGCGGGGAUGGUUGUCGCCGUCGUCCUCGUCAUACUCGUCGGAGGAGUUUCUCGAUGGCAGCUUCGACUGGGAGUGGGAGACCGUCGUCAACUCCCUCAGUUACGGCGAUCUGCUUCAGUAGAGCACAGCAGAUAGCCUGCCUCGGCUAGCGUGCGACGACGACCUGUUCACCGUUUAGUGGACAGAUCUGGAGUGCCUUGGCUGUCGCAGUGUGACUAAUGAGUAGUGAUAAUGUACGCGGGUGGGUGAGAGCUGAGAGGUUCCGGCUGCAAGAGGUUGUGUUGUGAUGUAGAGUUGGCUAAUCAAAUUGGUUGCAAUACUAAGCGUUUGUUUCAGCAAA